AUGCUGCUGAAGCCCAAGGAGGAGGCGGGCGACAGCCAGGCAGACACUGACGUCCGAGGUCUACGCAAGAUUCGAGCUCAAAGCCCGUGGACAUGGCGACCUCUCACCCUCAUUACGACCGCCGUCGCCCUCCUGUCGCUCUCUAUCAUCGUUCGCUCGUCCCUCCGGUUGCAAGUCGACCCUCAAGGAUGCGUCAUGUCGAUGAUGGCCCCGACCUACAUCAAGCUGUCCGGAUUUGACACGGAACAUUCGCGGUUUGCAACCAAAUAUUCGCUGUACUUGUAUCGGGAAGAGGGGGUUGACGAAUACACACGGGAUAACAUUGGGUUACGAGGCGCUCCAGUGCUCUUUAUUCCCGGGAAUGCUGGGAGUUACAAGCAGGUCCGGUCCCUCUCGUCCGAGGCCUCCCGCUACUUUCACAACGUCCUGCGCCAUGACACCGAGGCCGUCAAAGCUGGUGUGCGGUCUUUCGACUUCUUCACCAUCAAUUUCAACGAGGAUCUCUCGGCGUUCCACGGGCAGACGCUGCUCGACCAAGCCGAAUACGUCAACGAAGCGAUCGCCUACAUCCUCUCCCUGUACGUCGACAGCAACCGCCUCCGUCGCGACUCACAGUUGCCCGACCCGAGUUCUGUGAUCCUCAUUGGGCAUUCAAUGGGGGGGAUCGUGGCACGCACCGUCCUUGCAACUCCGAAAUACCAGGCAAAUUCGGUCAAUACUAUCAUCACUAUGUCGACGCCUCAUGCACGACCACCAGUAUCCUUUGACGCAGACGUCGUCUCCCUCUAUCAACAAGUCAACGACUACUGGCGGGAGGCUUACCUGCAGCGCUGGGCUAGCAACAAUCCCUUGUGGCAUACAACUCUAAUAUCGAUCGCCGGAGGUGGUCGAGACACCACUGUCCCUUCCGACUACACGAACAUUGCCUCGCUUGUUCCCGAAAGUCACGGUUUUACGGUCUUCAGUUCCACGAUCCCGAGUGUUUGGACUGCGAUGGAUCAUCUGGCGAUUACUUGGGCCGAUCAGAUGCGGAAGGUCAUCAUCAGAUCUUUAUACGAUGUCGUUGACGUCCGCCGAGCGGCACAGACCAAGCCACGGUCAGAGCGCAUGAAAGUCUUCCGGAAGUGGUUUUUGACGGGUUUGGAGGAUGAUGCGCCAAAGAACAUGCGUGAUGCGCCACACGAGGUCCUUCUCACGCUUGGUGAUGGGACGAGGUCAGCCGUGGCUAAAGAAGAUAACGUUACCCUGCGGCAAUUUGGCUUGCAUGACCAUAUGUCGGCAGUCCUGCUGCCGAUUCCUUCCGUGGACAAUAGUACCUCCAAAACUUUCUCACUUCUGACAGAUCAACAAAUGGAUGCCCACGGUAGCUUUGAGAAAAUGGAGGUAUUGUUCUGCAGCGCCUUUCCGCUCGCCGGUGGGCUCACUUCAACACCAUUGCCAAUCCAGUUCGACCUCUCGCCCGGUGAUCCCAGUGCAACGAGACUUGCUUGCAAAAGACCUGCUGGAGACGGCAUCCAACUGCCUGCCUCGACAAGACUAUCCCAAUAUCCGUUCGAGCAACAGCCGCCGUUCACAUUUUUGACCUACGAUCUGAGAGAUCUCCAGGACCACCAAUUUGUCGCAAUCAUAGACAAAUCCACGGAGCGGAACCAUGGCUGGGUGCAUGCGGAGAUUGUCUCUGCCUCAGACUCCGUCGUCGCGUCUGAUGUGAGCCUGCCGAUGCUCUUGCUUCGGGGAUUGAACCUGGAGCUCCCUUCCAGCCGCCCUCUGGUGACGGAAAUUCGGGUGCCAUCAAUUCGAUCGAGCCUACUGGCGUAUACUCUCCAAAUCCGCCAGCAUGGUUGCAGAACCGAUACCGAGCUCUUCACGCCAUUGUUGAGGCAGCACAUCGACAGCCCGUACGAGUCGAAGUACUUUGUCAACUUCAAGGAGGGAGACGUCAAUCUUCACGGGGUGGCUCCGUUUAUGCCGCCUACGCUAGACGGCCGGGAGUCGAAAGCAGGUGUGGCCUUCCAAAUCUGGUCCGAUCCGACCUGCAAUUCUUCCUUGGAAAUCCGCUUGCGGGCAGACCCUGUCGGAAGUCUCGGCAAGCUUGUGAUCAGAUACCGGACCGUCUUCGCAGUCUUCCCUCUGCUGGUCGUGGCAAUGGUCUUGCGAAAGCAAUUUCGGGUUUACGACAACUCGGGGGUCUUCAUCUCCUUCUCUGAAAGCCUGGAGCAAAGUCUGAGGCUGCCACUCCCUGUCCUAAUGCUAUCCAUGACGUUCUUUGCCACUGCAUUUACUACGGCGAGUUCAGCAAAUAUCGUGUCGAGCAGCCAUACUCAGACCAAUGGGACGACGGUCAAUUUUGCGCAGAACGAUCUUCUUUUAGGUUCUCAGGACACAUUCUUCUGGUUCCUCGUGCCUCUGGCAGGCCUGCUCAGCGUUGGCACCUGCGUCUUGGUCAACUAUGCAGUCUUGGGACUAUUGCACUUGAUCGUCACCCUAUCCAAUUUCAUGUCACAACGCUACGUGAGAUCUGACGACGGUGACAAGGGCAUGGCUUCUGCUUUCGUGGCAAGCACGCCCCGGCGUCGCGCCAUCAACACGGCUGUCCUCCUAUUCCUCGUCGCGACCAUCAUUCCUUAUCCAUUCGCCUACGUUGUGGCCUGCAUUGUACAAUUGUUUACCUGCGCACGGGCGUUGCGCCACGCCAAAGAUUCGAGAUUUGGGCCGGCGCAUAAUUUCUUCAACUACACGUACUCGAUACUUAUUCUAAUGCUCUGGGUGUUGCCAAUUAAUGUUCCGGUCUUGGUUGUUUGGGUGCAUAAUUUGGCGGUGCACUGGCUGACACCGUUCUCAUCACAUCACAACGUGUUGUCGAUCAUGCCCUUUAUCCUUUUGGUGGAGACUCUGUCGAGUGGGAAGAUGGUGCCGUCUGUGCGGUCAUUCAGAUGGGCCACCAACCUGUUGUUUUUCGUCCUGGCCGUGUAUGCGGCCUUGUACGGCAUGACUUACGCGUACAGAUUACAUUACAUUGCGAACAUCAUUGCGUUGUGGCUGGUUUUGCUUCAUUUCUCCACCUACCAGAAACGAAUUCCUACCUAG